UCGCCCAUCGCCACUUUUAAAUAGGGAUUCUCGGUGCCUCUCCUUUUGCAUUCUUCUCUCAAGUCUCAUCCAGAUUUCUCAUCUUCUCAUCCAGUCUCUCCAAUUUUCAAGAUGCAGAUCUUCGUCAAGACCCUCACCGGUAAGACCAUCACCCUCGAGGUCGAAAGCUCCGACACCAUUGAUAACGUCAAGGCGAAGAUCCAGGACAAGGAGGGCAUCCCCCCUGACCAGCAGCGUCUCAUCUUCGCCGGCAAGCAACUCGAGGACGGCAGGACCCUUGCCGACUACAACGUCCAGAAGGAGUCCACCCUCCACCUCGUUCUCCGUCUUAGGGGUGGGAUGCAGAUCUUCGUCAAGACCUUGACCGGUAAGACCAUCACCCUCGAGGUCGAAAGCUCCGACACCAUUGACAACGUCAAGGCCAAGAUCCAGGACAAGGAGGGCAUCCCCCCUGACCAGCAGCGUCUCAUCUUCGCCGGCAAGCAACUCGAGGACGGCAGGACCCUUGCCGAUUACAACAUCCAGAAGGAGUCCACCCUCCACCUCGUGCUCCGUCUGAGGGGAGGUAUGCAGAUUUUCGUCAAGACUUUGACUGGCAAGACCAUCACUCUUGAGGUCGAGAGCUCGGACACCAUCGAUAACGUCAAGGCCAAGAUCCAGGACAAGGAGGGUAUCCCACCAGACCAGCAAAGGUUGAUCUUCGCCGGAAAGCAACUCGAAGAUGGAAGAACCCUCGCCGACUACAACAUCCAGAAGGAAUCCACCCUCCACCUUGUGCUUCGUCUCAGGGGAGGAAUGCAGAUUUUCGUCAAGACCCUUACCGGCAAGACUAUCACCCUGGAGGUAGAGAGUUCCGACACGAUCGACAACGUAAAGGCCAAGAUCCAGGACAAGGAGGGUAUUCCCCCGGACCAGCAGAGGCUCAUCUUCGCUGGGAAACAGCUUGAGGAUGGCCGAACCUUGGCCGACUACAACAUUCAGAAGGAAUCAACCCUCCACUUGGUGCUGCGUCUGCGUGGUGGGAUGCAAAUUUUCGUGAAGACCCUGACAGGGAAGACCAUCACUCUGGAGGUGGAGAGCUCGGACACGAUUGAUAAUGUCAAGGCGAAAAUCCAGGACAAGGAGGGCAUUCCUCCUGACCAGCAGCGUCUCAUCUUCGCUGGAAAGCAGCUUGAGGAUGGGCGUACUCUGGCCGAUUACAAUAUCCAGAAGGAAUCCACUCUCCACCUUGUCCUUCGUCUUCGUGGUGGUUUCUGAACGGGCUAGGCUCCCUUAAUUCGUAUCAUGUCGAUCCUGCUACUUUGAUCUGUGUCUCUGUUUAAUUUGGAAAAGUUAAAAACUUAAAAAAACCUUUAAAUGUUUCUUUUCUCUUGGUGUCAAGUGGUGGUCUCCAUGAGGCCGUUGCAGUAAUGAAGGUACUUAAGUAUAAUUCUAUGUGAAUAAAAUCUCUAUGGACUAUGGUGCUUCGCUAA